AUGGGAAUUCUACAGAAGAUUGAGGAUAUCGAGACGACGGAGUAUCAUCUGGGUUUACUUAAGGCCAAGCUCGCCAAGUAUCGCGCCCAGCUACUCGAGCCAGAGAAGAAAUCUGCCAAGGGCGAAGGCUUCGACGUAAUGAAGAGUGGAGAUGCGCGCGUGUGCUUGAUUGGAUUUCCUUCGGUUGGCAAGUCAACGCUGCUUUCAAAGACGACCAAGACGGAGUCAGCCGUUGGCGCAUACGAGUUCACGACGCUCACUGCCAUCCCGGGCGUGUUGGAGUACGAAGGCGCGCGGAUCCAGCUGCUGGACCUGCCCGGCAUUGUGCAGGACGCCGCUAAGGGUCGUGGGCGAGGCAAACAGGUCGUGGCAGUUGCACGAACGGCGGAUCUCAUUAUCAUUAUGAUUGACGCGACGAAGUCAGAUGAGCAACGGGCCAUGUUGGUGGCCGAACUGGAGGAGGUUGGCAUCCGCCUUAACACCAAGUCACCAGAUGUAGUUUUCAAGCAGAAGACGGCGGGAGGCAUCACUAUCACCUGCACUGUGAAGCUCACAAAGACGGAUGAGCGAAUGAUCCGAUCAGUUCUUCAGUCUUACAGGAUCCAUAACUGCGAUGUCAUGAUUCGCGAGGACAUCACCAUCGACGAAUUUAUUGACGUGCUGCUCGGCACGCGCAAGUACAUCCCUGCGCUUACGGUGAACAACAAGGUGGACGCUAUUUCGAUGGAGGCAUUGGACCGCAUGGCCCGACAAGGCGACGGGAAAACCGUCAUGAUCUCAUGCGAGGCUGACCUUGGUCUGGACUGGUUAUUGGACGCGAUCUGGAAGGAGCUUGGUCUUGUCAAGGUGUACACCAAGAAGCGCGGAGAGCAACCCGACCUCGGCGAUCCAAUCUGCCUUCGCUCUGGCGCAACGAUCGAAACUGUGUGUCAUAGCAUUCACCGCGGUCUCGCGUCGCACUUCAAGUACGCUCUUGUGUGGGGCAAGUCGAGCAAAUUCAACCCUCAACCCCAGAAGGUAGGAUUGUCGCACCAGGUCAUGAACGAAGAUGUCGUCAGCAUCUUUACGAAGUAGCCAUGCGGCUACGCUUACGAUACGAGAUGGGAAGCGAAUGCGCAUUACCUGUACAUAAUGGAGGAUGCAAAUGUCUGAUGGUAC